CAUAGGAAAUCAAGAAACAUCCUCAGACUCAUUAACAGCUCAUUUACAUUGCUAAAUGCCUCUAUAAAGGUAAGACAAGACCUUAAUUUAGAAUGCAUUAAAUAAACCAACAGGAAAAAUCAAAACCCUCCACUUGGUUUGGCCCAGUGAUGUCGACCAUGAGAUCACCAAUAUCAUAAAAGUCAGGAAAUGCUGAGCAGCCAACUCCUGAAGCAAUAGUCUCAUAACUGAAGCAUGUGUCAUAUGGUCUCUGUACGGAACAACAGAGGUCAUAUCUGUGGAGGAUUUCUUGUCAGAGAGGAUUUUGUGGUCACUGCUGCACACUGUAACAGAGAACAGGAUGUGGCCAUAGAGGUCAGUGCAAAACAGACUGAGAAGCAAGCAUAUAAAAGGGUGGACUUGAUAUGCCGGGGUGAGCUAGGUUGAGCAGACUGUUGCCACAAUGCUGCACAGCUUUCUGCUUUUUUAUGUGCUCGGACAACAGGCACUUGGGAGUGAAAUCAUAAAUGGGAAUGAAGCCCCUGAGAACACACUGCUGUACAUGGCAUCCCUGCAGGUAAAUGGCAGUCAUAAUUGUGGAGGAUUCCUCGUCAGGAAAGACUUUGUAAUGACUGCUGCGCACUGUGAUGGGGAUAGGGUUGUUCUUGGCACCCACAAUCUCCACAAGUCUGGUAAAACAGUGAGACACAUUGUAAAGAGGUACAGAUACCCAGGUUAUGACGGUGUAGGAAAUGGGAAGGACAUCAUGCUCCUCAAACUGUCUAGAAAAGUACAACUGGGCAACAGUAUGCGACUUGCCAAACUUCCCAGGUCUGCAAUAAACAUAAAGGACAAUGAGCAGUGCCGUGUAGCUGGAUGGGGUUACACUAGAACCAAUGGUAAUGUUGUUGAUGACCUGAGAGUGGUUGAUGUGUCCAUCAUUAACCCACAAGUCUGUAAGAGGAAAUGGCCUAGACUUCCUGCCAAUGUCAUCUGUGCAGGUGGAUAUGGCACAAACAAAGGAUUCUGUCAGGGUGAUUCUGGUGGGCCUCUGGUGUGCAAUGGGAUAGCUGUUGGUGUUGUGUCUUUCAACAAGUACAGGAACUGCAACUACCCAGAUGUACCCAACGUCUAUACAGACAUAUCAAAAUACCUUACCUGGAUCAAGCAGACACUGAAUAAGAAUUGAAAAUGUAAAAUUCUUGCACAAAGCUUUGCUUCAGCAUACCGGAACUGUUUUAGAAAAGUGAUGUUGCUCUGUCACUAACAAAUGUUGCAAAUAAAAAAUAAAUUCCUUUAUCAGAAGACAUGAAUGCUGUUUAAAUUUAUGCAAAAAAUACAAUGGUCCCUUUCCAGCAGAAUAUCCACAACAUUUCUUAGGGUAAAUUUCAUACAGUAUGUAGUGGAGCACUAGAAAAUAGCACAGUUUAUGUUAAAUUUUCAUAAAUGUAGCUUUAGUUCAGAGCAGUGGAUUAGUGAGAACUCCCUCAGGUUAGGAGGUAAAGCAGGGGUGUUGAAAACACUGAUAAAAAAGAAAUACAUAUGAAUUAUUCUAACCAACAGCAUCAUCAAAUCCCUAAAAUGUUAUCAGUACAAAUCUUCUUGUUUUGCCUCAGCAUGCAGUGUGUAUUGUGUAUUGUAGUGUUUCAGACUAUUCUGUCUGUGACUGGAGCUGAAAAUAAAAAAUGCAUUUCAAA